AUGGCGCCUGGACAAACUUCAGAGGACAAAACAGGCGAAGAGGAUAAAAAACCUGCGGCAUCUCGGACCACCAACCUAACAAGGGCGCGGUCACACAACUUAAGUCCUCCGUUGCCUGAUGCGUCGAGCAAUUCUUCGUUUCCGGCGUAUGCGAACUCGGAUCUCGACCGGAAAAUAGCCGCACGAUCUUCAGAUCGCACAUCGCCUGGUGCUUAUCGCGAAGGGGGGACGGAUGGGGGCAGUGACGAAGAUAAUCGUUCGGUAGCCAAUAGUGUUGGUUGCGAUUCGGUCACAGAGGCAGGGACCCUGGACUCAACAGCGGAUGAGGAGACCGGACUUGUUGUCUCCGAAGAAGUAUCGGAAACUGAUAGCCGGGCGGAUGAUUUACGGCCGAGUGCAAGCUGCAAUAGGCCCAUGACCGAUUCGACACAAAAUAACGAACUCGAGUUGGUGCCACUACCAAUACAACAGCCCCUCGCAGAAGAGUUGAGGCAAGGAGUUCCACAGUCUGCCAAAUCUACCCAGGAGCAACAGCGUAUACACGCCGCCGAGGAGAGAGGCCGUGAGUCGGCGCUCGCACACUUUGUCGAGGCCAACGUUGAACCGAUGCCGACUAGUUCUGGACGUGACGUCUACUGGGGUUGCAAGCGUUGCUGGCGCGAUCGUGGUCCGUGUUUCUACUUUUGGCUCGGAGUUAUCGUUGUGAUUCUAGCUUUGGCGCUGGCUUCAGCAUUGACUGCAGCACUCGUCGGUGAAGAGGAUUCUCCAAGCAGUCCGCGGCCUCUACCUGUUGAUUUGGAUCCAACAGGAGCGCCGUCGGUACAGAACUAUAUUGACCCUGCUACCUGUGAUUUGGCGUUUCCUUUGGCCCUUGAUACCGCCCCGACUCGUAGUGUACUGACCAUUCGAAACAGCACACUUUUUUUUAAUUCGUGUACCGAGAACAUUCUUGUCCAGAAUGCAAACUGGUAUACCCUUACAGCAGAAGACACCCCUGCAGUACAGGCCACUAUCUGUGAGGAAGGUGAAGGUAGCUCCGCAAUUUCCACAGACACUAUUCUUUUUUUGGACGUCUCGGUAGGAGAUUGUGAGGCCAAAAUGUGUGUUCCGACCGUAAUACGGCUGAAAGAAGCGUCUUGUCUCGUGUUCGCCUGGUUAGUCGAGUCUGGGCAGGCUUACAACCUUGCCGUAUUCGAGGCGGAGGGUUCGCCAAGGGUGCCAUUUUCGUUGAUGGUUGAGACAACCCAAUCACUGGACAAUUUGUCUUGUACGGAAGCGAGGGCAAUCACUAUCGGUGAAAGCGUUUCUCUGGAUACGUUAGAGUCCGAUUCUUAUGAGGCGAAUGAGCUUGAGUUAUACACAAACUGCGAUGGUUUACAAACGGACACGCCAACUCGUUGGUACAAAGUCUUCGGACGAGGGUUUGGCGUGACGGCCCGGAUUUGUUCACGAGCCGCUUUGGCUAUCGAGGUACAUACAAGCUCGUCUUGUCGAAACAAUACAGCACACCAAUGUGCUAAAGUGUCGGCUAGAAAAGACGACACUUUUUGCACAGCGUAUUCCUGGGCAUCGGGACUUGAAAGCGAGCACAGAGUUGCGAUCGCUGCUGCGCAGCCUGAGCAAAAUGGCGGAUACUCCGUCGAAUUUCUUAUUAAUGACUCUUGUGAAAACGCGCUCGAGCUCCCAGAGUUACCUUUCUCUGACUCUGGUAAUACCCGGUCAAUUGUUCCCAGUUUCAAUACGAAAGCAUUUGUUUGCUUGCUACUCGGUGAUUCGUUUUAUAAAGGCGUUUGGUAUCGCUGGACUGCAUCCACGGAAGGUUGCGUUACUGUGUCUGCAAAAGGCGCAAAUGCUGUUCCGUUCGAGGAGAGAUUAGAUCCCGCUAUUGCCAUUUAUCAAGGUGACUGUUUGACAACCUUGGAAUGCGUUGCAAUGAACGAGGACGCGUCCUUUUUCCAAGCAGACUCGGAGGCUACCUUUGAUCCCCAAGUAGACACAACAUAUUUCGUUCUUGUCUUUGAAACCGGUGGGGGUUCUGGCGCCUUUGAAGUGGAAAUAAAGCAAUCGCAGGAAACCUGCUCGAGAUCAUCUAGUAAGGAAAUGUGUUCGCUUUGUCCGAUGGGCGAAGAAGUUCCCGAAAAAUCUUGCCUGUAUAUCUCUGAAGCUGUAUCUGCCACCUUCGUGUCGGGCGAUUCACAUUGCUUGUCCGUGCAGUACCGUGGCGUACAACAAUGCGGGUGUGCUGCGUCAAUGUCCGUAUCCUGCAACACGUGCCCUGACGGCUCGCUCGCACCUGAUACAAACAAGAUUCUACCCCUUUCGAAUAUAACUUGCGGCGACACUCAAACUCUCCCUCUUGUCGGGAACGGCUCGACUUGCGACGAUACGGCUCUUUCACUAGCUAUGUUUUGCGAGUGUCCAGGAAGUAUUCCCUGCAGUAUGUGCGGUGAGAAUCGACAGCUGACAAAUCCGGAACUCAUCAUCACCGAAUCAGUUUCGUGCUCGAGUGCCGAGGGCUUGAUUCAGCGAGGCUUGCUCUCAGAGCAAAUUUGUGACGUGACCACUUUCGAUAAUUAUCUUACACGAAUAUAUCAAAAGCAGAAUGUUGUGGGAUUCUGUUGCCGCGGAGAAUCGUUACAAGAUUUCCAGCUAUAG